AUGGCACCCUCUGGCCCCAUCACGACGCCCAUAACCCAGCUGCUGGGCAUCGAACACCCGAUCCUUCUAGCCGGCAUGGCGCGCACAUCCGGCGGGCCCCUCGCCGCGGCGGUCUCCAACGCCGGUGGCCUCGGCGUCAUAGGCGGCUUCCAGUACACCCCGGACCAGCUCCGCGAGAUCGUCGCCGAGAUGAAGGAAAACUUUAGGUCCCCGGACCUUCCCUUUGGCGUCGACCUCGCCCUGCCGCAGGUCGGCGGCAACGCUCGCAAGACGAACCACGACUACACAGGCGGCAAGCUCGACGAGCUCAUCGACAUCACCAUCGAGUCCGGCGCGCGGCUGUUUGUGAGCGCCGUGGGUGUGCCGCCCAAGCACGUCAUUGAUAAGCUGCACGCCGCGGGCAUCUACGUCAUGAAUAUGGUAGGCCACCCGAAGCACGCCGUGAAGGCGCUUGACCUGGGCGUCGAUAUCAUUUGCGCGCAGGGCGGCGAGGGGGGCGGACACACCGGUGACGUGGCCAACUCGGUGCUCAUACCCGCCGUCGUCGACGUCGCGAGGCGGUACAGGCCCACGAUGCUCAAAGGCUCACCAGCGCUCGUGGUUGCUGCGGGCGGUAUAUACAACGGCCGGUCGCUGGCGAGCUCGCUGAUGCAGGGCGCCGUAGGGGUAUGGGUUGGCACGCGGUUCGUAGCGAGUGUCGAGGCCGGGUGUAGCGAGGAGCACAAGGAGGAGGUGGUCUCGUGCGGGUUCGACGGGACGGAGCGCACGCUCGUGCUUUCGGGGAGGCCGUUGCGGAUGAAGACGAAUGAGUAUAUCCGGAACUGGCACGCGCAGCCGGACAAGAUUAAGACGCUCUGCGACGAGGGCACGGUGCCGAUCGAGUUUGACUUUGAGCACGGCAACGACAUUGAUCCGCCGCAUCUGAUGGGUCAAGUUGCCGGUGCCAUUGAUAAAAUCAAGCCGGCGGGUGAGAUUGUGGACGAGAUGGUCAAGGAGGCAGUGGAGCAGCUCAGGCUUGGACAGGUCUAUCUCACCCAACGGAGCAGGCUGUGA